CGCCGCUCCCGGAGCGCGGCCGCCGGGAGGAGGCGGCGGCGCGGGGCCUGGGGAAUGUGGCGGCGGCGGCGGCGGCUCUGAGCCCUCCCCCCCCCUUCCCCUCGGCCCGGCCGCCAUGGAGCCGCGGCGGUGACAGCGCCGUCCCGCAGCGCCCGCCGCGAGCGGGGCCGCCGCCCGCAGACAUGGAUGAACAAGAGGCUUUGAAGUCCAUCAUGAAGGACCUGGUGGCACUCCAGAUGGGCCGGCGUCACCGGCUGCCUGGCUAUGACACCAUGAAGAAUAAAGACACUGCUCACUCCAACAGACAGAAAAAACACAAUGCCAGCAGUCCCCCCCUCUUGGGCAGCCCUGCAAUAAUGAACCAGUGUGCCUCUGCAGUGGAAGAAAAAAAAAUUCCGAAUGAUGUCAGGAUAAAGUUUGAACAUAACGGGGAGAGACGGAUUAUCCCAUUUGUCCGUCCCGUGCGCUACGAAGAUGUGCAGCAGAAAGUGAAAACAGCAUUUGGGCAGCCCCUGGACCUCCACUACAUGAACAACGAGCUUUCUAUUCCUUUGAAAAACCAAGAUGACCUGGAUAAAGCUGUGGAUCUCUUAGACAGGAGCUCGAAUGUGAAAAGCCUGAGGAUACUAUUGCUGUCCCAGGACAGAAACCAUACCAGUUCUUCACCCCAUUCUGGACUGCCCAAGCAAGUCAGGAUUAAAACUUCCCAGUCUGUAGGGGAUGUGAGCACACCCUAUCAGCAGCCAGAACCCAGAAGCAGGCAUCUGUCUGUCAGCUCGCAGAGCACGGGCCGGAGCUCGCCCCCGCCCGGCUACGUCCCCGAGCGGCAGCAGCGCAUCGCCCGCCAGGGCUCCUACACCAGCAUCCACAGCGAGGGCGAGUUCAUCCCCGAGACCAGCGAGCAGUGCAUGCUGGACCCUCUAAGCAGUGCUGAAAACUCAGUGUCAGGAAGCUGCCAGUCCUUGGACAGUCCUUCUUUUCGGAAGUCACGGAUGUCAAGGGCACAAAGCUUUCCUGAUAAUAGGCAGGAGUUCUCAGACCGUGAGAAUCAGAUCUACGACAAAGCGGGCAAAGGUGGGACCUACCCUCGGCGCUACAACGUCUCCAUGCAGCACAAGGACUACAGCGACGGCCGGAGGACGUUUCCCCGGAUACGACGUCACCAAGGGAAUCUCUUCACCUUGGUGCCUUCCAGUCGUUCCUUGAGCACCAACGGGGAGAACCUGGGCCUGGCACUGCAGUACCUGGACCCCCGGGGCCGCCUGCGGAGCGCCGACAGCGAGAACGCGCUGGGAGUGCAGGAGAGGAACAUUGCCACCAAGUCUCCAAGUGCCCCAAUAAACUGGCGCCGAGGAAAGCUGCUGGGCCAGGGCGCCUUUGGCCGCGUGUACCUGUGCUACGACGUGGACACGGGCAGGGAGCUCGCAGCUAAGCAGGUCCAGUUUGACCCAGAGAGCCCUGAAACAAGCAAGGAGGUGAGUGCACUGGAGUGUGAAAUUCAGCUGCUGAAGAACCUCCAGCAUGACCGUAUUGUGCAGUAUUAUGGCUGCUUAAGGGAUCGAGCGGAGAAGACCUUGACCAUCUUCAUGGAGUACAUGCCAGGGGGGUCAGUGAAAGACCAGCUGAAGGCUUACGGGGCCCUGACGGAAAACGUCACCCGGAAAUACACGCGGCAGAUCCUCGAGGGCGUCUCGUACCUCCACAGCAACAUGAUCGUGCACAGGGACAUCAAGGGUGCCAAUAUUCUCCGUGACUCUGCUGGGAAUGUCAAGCUUGGGGACUUUGGGGCCAGCAAACGGCUGCAGACAAUCUGCAUGUCGGGGACAGGCAUCCGCUCCGUCACGGGCACGCCGUACUGGAUGAGCCCGGAGGUGAUCAGCGGGGAAGGCUACGGCAGGAAGGCAGACGUGUGGAGCCUCGGCUGCACCGUGGUGGAAAUGCUGACAGAGAAGCCCCCCUGGGCAGAGUACGAAGCCAUGGCAGCGAUCUUCAAAAUCGCCACCCAGCCCACCAACCCCCAGCUCCCCUCCCACAUAUCAGAACAUUGCCGGGACUUCCUAAAGCAGAUCUUUGUGGAAGCCAGGCACAGACCCUCUGCUGAAGAGCUGCUCAGACACCAGUUUGCACAGCUCCAGUACUGAAUUACCUCCCUUGCUCGCAGCUCCUGCCGGGCUUUCCGUGCCCUGUCUUGUCUAGUUGCAACUGCCCGUUGUGGUGCUGCAUCUUCAAAAUGCCAACUCAGCUAGGCCUAGUCCUUUGGGAAGUUCUGCCAAGGAACUUAGGGUCUGCUCUCGUGCCUGAUUCCUUCGUUUGCUGGACUAAUGUUCAUCCUACCAACAGCUGUCCAAGCAGAGCUGCAUUUUUGCCCCAGGUUGCCUGGAGGUGACGUUGCAGCUGGCUGCGAGCUUUCUGCAGGCGCAGGAAGGGGAAUCUGACAAGUGUCGUCACUGAUAGAACACAGGAGAAAGCUGAACCCAGGUGGGAACUGGAAGAGCUCCACUCUUCAGCAAAACAGAAACGUGCACCAGCCUCCAGACCAGCUCUGCCUGUGGGAGUCCCUGGUUUUCCUCUCCUGGGGCUCCAGAGGCGUCUCCAGCACCUGAACCCAGCAAAAAGCCAUGUGUCACGGAGCGUGCGCUCGCUAUAGUAUGGUAUAUUUUUCUUCUUGAGUAUUCAGCAUCUGAAGGUGUUCAGAAGAUAUUGAUUCAAAAGUAUGUGAAUAGUGUUAUUUUAUAAUGAACCCGUGAAUUUGGGGCUGGGGGUGAGGGAGGUCUUUCCAGCUAAAUGUCAGGAUAAUCAGAGAAUUUCAGCAGAAUGCAAUCACUCCAGGGCCUGAGGGAAGGGCUCUCCCAUUAACGUUGGAAAAUCCGGAGCUAGGUUUGAUCUGUCCCCGCAUUAGGACAGUGUCAGUCAGUUUGUGUCAUGCCAAACAAAUCUCUGCUCCUGCUUCCUCUCUCUGGGCCACUGGGUCCAAACAAAACCCCUCUGGAAGGGAAUUCAGUGGAAUUCAGCUUCCUCCUGCAUCUGUCUCUUUGGCUGGUAACUUUUUACCAUCCUUUUAACCAAAGAUAGUCCAUCUGGUGCCCAGGAAAUUACUUCAGAGUUUCUUUGAGCACAUGGCCUAAUGAGGGUUUCUUGGGGAGAAUUACCUGGACACUUGUGUUGGGCACAGGAAGCUGGAAUCAAGCUCAACCCUUUGCUGCGUGUUGUUUGAAUUACAGGUGUGCAAGUGAACAUUUAAGAGUUCUAUAAAAAUGUUAUGGCCUAACUUAAAUAAGCUUUUGUAGGAGUCAAGUCAAACAGGGAACCUCAGACAACAUUUUAAAUGGUUGCAAAUAUCUAAAAUUACCUGGAGAUCCCCAUGCAGGUACCAGCAAAACAUAUCCAAGUGAUUGUGCACUUGGAAGAUAGCCUAAGUCAGAGGACUGAGCUAUUUCUGUGCUGAUUUGGGCACUAAUAAUCUUUAUUUCACUCGUGAAAGACCAGCAGUUUAUAAGUGCUGGGGAUUCAUGGAGUGAUUGUAAGUUAUCUCUGAGAAAUGAAACUCAGAAAAGCAAAUGUUAAUUAACUAAAACAUUGCUUUAUAGGGCAACACUGAAGGUGUUCUGCUCUUGUAUUGGAAACCAUAUUAAGGUUCCACACACCUCCACUCUUCUCCCCCAUAAAAAAUUGAAAAUUGCUUCAUAAUGCAGUAAAAUUAAGUUUUUAAGUGAAUACUAAUAGCAGGAUAAGGCAAGUUUUAAUGAAACCAAUCUCCUUCAACACAUGAAAAAUACUGUGUUGAAUUAAAAGAGGAAAAAAAAAGAACCCUAAAAGCCCCAACCAACCAAAAGUCCUGAAAAGCUUUAACGAUAUGAAAUGUUUUUUCUGUGCCAAACCCAGAGCAAAGUGUAGCCAAUAAAAACUGGUGUUGGUUUCCUUUCCAGGCUCCCUGCACUACUCCAAGGAUGCACUGUCCCACUUGUGGGCACUUAGGGGAUCCCUUUUAUGAAAGCCCUUGUUCCAUAAUUUAUUUAAUUCUAGUGAGAGCACUUCAACUGAUCUUUUCCCAACCAGGAACUCGACUCCAAAUUGUCCAGACCCUUGGCCUGACUUUGGCCUGCACGUCACUGUUGCCAUGAGGGGAGGCGAGGGCGCGACGCUCCCGCUCGGAGCUGGGGAGCCUCUCACAGCACUCUGCUGGGAGUGGGGGCCCAUCCCUGCAGUCUGCAUGACAAAAGUAGGGGGGGUCAGCACCGCUGGGGGCCCAGCUCUUCAAACCUUGCAACCUAAAUGUACCAAAGACUGGAGUCUUCAUCCCCUACCCAUCACUUGCAGGAAUCAGGAGCGCGAUGGCAUCUGCGGGGAUUUCCCCUCUAUCCUUGGCUUGUCCUCACCAAAUCCAGACCUUCUCCCAUGGUGUUUUUUUUCUCUUGCUGUCCCACAUGCUGCGGUCUGGGAGAGAACAGGGCGUGAGGAAACGGCGGAACUUGUGUCAGAGCAACUCAAUCCUCAGGAGCUGUCGUGGCUUUUACCUCACCCGCGUCACGGGAGGCGCUUGCAGAGCAGAGCGGGAGCAGCCAGGACUGCUGGGCUCCGUGCUGUCCCCGAGCUCCCGGCCCUUCCUGAGCUGGAUGUGCCUCCUCUGUGCAAAGCCCUGCAUUCCAGUCUGGGAUGGGAGCAGCACCCGUUGUACAGCGACAGAGAACACGGGGCCAGCUCGGACUGGCGCGUUCGGCACAGGAACAAGCCAAAGCAUUACCUGUAUGUUUGGAGAUGCACUUUUAUGAAUGUAGUUUAUAUCGCUCUUUUUUAGCUCUUUUUACAUCAUGUAAACGGUGAUGCCUCAUAUUUUUUUUUUUUUUUUUAAUUUAUAUCGUAAAAGAUCAUAUUUGGUGAUUUUUAUAUAUAUCGACUGUUACGGGGUGGGGGGGAGGCGGGGAAAUUAAUUUGACGCCUUUAUGAAUUUAAAAAGGAAAAAAAGCAGCUGGUUUUGCAGAGAAUUUGCUGAUGGUUUAUAAUGAAUAGAGAGCCAAGCCAAAAUGCCUCUUUGUUUCCUCACAGCCCUCUUGACUAUGGAAAAGGAAGAUCUGGAUUCCUGAGUCCACUGCUCCGAUGAAUAACUCGGGGCUGACAUUGAUACCAUGGGCUUUUAACAGCCCUGGCAGCAAAAAGAGUUUCAAGUGGACAGAAAUGUAAUUAUACCUCAGAAUUGAAUUAUAUCUGGCCUCUUCAUCCUGGCAGACUAGGAAAAAACUGGGAAUAAACUCAUUUAGGGGAGAGUGGAGGAGGAGUGCCAGGCUGACAAUAAGCUAUUGUGUCAAUUCCAAAUGUCAUGUUGGAUUUCCUGCUGUUCCUUCCAGGGAGGGACAUAUAGGGAAUAUUGAGUAUUGGGAUCUCUGAUGGAAGGUGCUGCAGAAAUGGAGAAUGUUCUGUUUGACAAAGAAUUUCUUACCAGAGUCCCAGUGUCCUGAAAUGGUUAAAACUAAUCAGAAAAAUGUCCAAGGUUCCCAUUGGCGAGGAACUUGGGGGAAUGUGGCUGUCCCUGAGGUAGUUAGGAAACAAAGUAGUGACAUUUUGGUCUUGGUGUGACGAUUCUGUGCAUUCCAGGUUAUUUGCUUGUUCUCCAGAAAAUCCCAUCUUUGCCCAUUCUGUGGCAGUUAGGCUGCAUCAAUUUGGAUGGAGUUUUGGGGUGGGUUUUUUUUUUGCCUGAUUUGGAAUAAUAUUCCAAAGGACUGGGAGCUGCUCCAAAGAGUUCCCAUUGACACCAGUUACCAACAUAGACUGGCCAGGAGGGGAAAGGUAGGUGUGCCAGGAGCAGUUCAAAAAGGAAGAAAAGGAUUGUGUUAUCACCAUAAAUGAUGCAAAGCAGGGAGAAGGGGCUUUAACCUGGAUUGUGCAGAAGACCUUGACCCAGUAGUCUCUAUUUACCGACCGGGGGCUUGCAGUGCAAAGCCAGGCCAAUGUAUCAUUUUAUUUACAAUAAAAUUAUCAUUUAUAUGAAA